AUGACAUCGUAUAUCUCAUCUUCUCCAACUUCAACUCCAGAAUUAAUUAAACCAAAAACAUAUUAUAAACCAUAUCAUAUUGAAAUAGGAAUUAUUAUUUUAUUUCUUUGUUUAACUAUACCAAGUUUAAUUAUUUUAACAUUUGUUUAUCGUCGACAAAUUCUUCCAACAUCAUCAUCAUCAUCAUCAUCAAUACAUUUAUCUGAUCAAAAUUUUCAUCGUAUAUCAUUAAUUAAUUAUCCUCAAGCACGUUGUAUGGACAAUAGUAUAGCAUCAUAUUAUAUUCGUUUAGCAAAUAAUCGUCAUUCACGUUGGUUAAUUUAUUUUGAUGGUGGUUGGUUUUGUUAUUCAAAUGAAUCAUGUGAAUUUCGUCGUCAAUAUUCUCCGGAUUUAAUCACAACAAAAAAUAUCAAUGAAAAAAAAUUUUUCUCAGGAAUAUUUUCAUCAUUUAAACAAUUUAAUAUUAUCUAUGCACCUUAUUGUUCGUCAGAUUUAUGGUCAGGUUCAUCAAAUAAAACAUCAUCACAUGGCUAUGAUAUUUUUCAUGCAAUAUUUCAUCAACAAAAUUAUUUUUCACAUGCAAAACAAAUUAUAUUUACAGGUUUUUCAGCAGGUGGUUUAGGUUUAUUAUUAAAUCUUCCGGAUUUAUUACCAAAAAUUUCGUCACAUAUUGAUAUUCGUGUACUUAUUGAUUCAGCAUGGUUUAUUGAUUAUUCCGAUAAUCCAAAUGGUAUAUCAAAAAUUAAUCAAGGAAUGGCUUAUUGGAAUACACAAAUCUCAUCAUUAUGUCAAUUAGAAUCUCGUUAUAAAUGUUUAUUAGGUAGUGAAGCGAUUAAAUUAUUACCAUUAACAGUUAAAAUAUUUAUUAUUCAAUCCUUAUUUGAUUUAACGCAAUUACAAUUAGAUAAAAUUAAUAUCAAUUCAUAUAAUUUUACAUUGAAACUUCGAGAUAAUCUUCGUCAAUCAAGUAAUCGUAUAUCGAUAUUUGCACCAUCAUGUCCUUUACAUGGAUUUUUAUUUCGUUCUGUAUGGACUAAAUUUGAUAUUAAACAAAGAACACUUGCAUCUGUACUUAAUCUAUGGUUGAAAAAAAAGAAAAAAUUUCAUUUACAAUUAAUUGAUGAACAUUUUUAUUCAAGUUAUUGUCCACAAAUUAAUGAUGAUUAUCAAGAGAUAUUCUAA